AGAGGAACACCAGGGAAAGCUCUUUGCAGUGACAGGUGCCGGCAAGGAAACGCAACGCAGGCGCAGCAUCGGUGUCCGAUCAGCGGUAAAAGUAGAGACGAGAAAGGAAAACGGAGCUCCUGUUCGUCCCCCCGCUUCAGCACCGCAGGGAGGAGACACGCAGAGGAGGAAAGAUUCCCCUAAACGCAGUGAGAGCCUCGGAUGAGGAGAGUAGGAGAGCGGAGGGCAUCGGAUAGGUAACAACAAGAAUGGCAGCUCCAGACUUAUUGGACCCUAAAUCCGCCACUCACAACACUAAGCCCCGCCUCUCCUUCUCCACAAAGCCAAUCACACUGACUCCUCGGGAGGACAGCGAGGUGGUUGCCACAGUGAUGAAGUGGAAGACGGUGUCAGCCAUCUUUCUUCUGGUGGUUCUGUACCUGGUGAUGGGAGCAGCAGUCUUCAGAUACCUGGAGCAGCCUCAUGAGAGUGCUCAGCGUUUGGCCAUCCUGACCAAGAAGCUUGAGUUCCUGUCCAGACACUCCUGUGUUAACCAAAGUCAGCUGGAGGAGCUGGUGAAGCAAGUUGUGUCUGCUAUCCGGUCAGGAGUGAACCCUGCAGGAACACUGACCAACCACAGCAGCCUGUGGGACCUGAGCUCUGCCUUCUUCUUUGCUGGAACUGUCAUCACGACUAUUGGCUUUGGGAACAUCUCUCCCCACACUGAUGGUGGAAGAAUAUUCUGUAUCGUCUAUGCACUGCUGGGGAUCCCGCUGUUUGGCUUCCUGUUGGCUGGUGUUGGAGAUCAGCUUGGCACCAUAUUCGGCAAGGGCAUUGCCAAAGUGGAGAAAAUGUUUGUGCACUGGGACAUCAGUCAGACCAAGAUCCGGGUCAUAUCCACCCUGCUGUUCGUCUUGUUCGGCUGCCUCCUGUUUGUGGCACUUCCAGCGGUCAUCUUCAAACACAUCGAGGGCUGGUCUGCACUGGAGUCCCUCUACUUCGUGGUCAUCACCUUGACUACCAUUGGAUUUGGGGAUUUUGUGGCAGGUGGGUCAGAAAUAGAGUACAUGGACUACUACAAACCAGUCGUGUGGUUCUGGAUUCUGGUGGGCCUGGCUUACUUCGCUGCAAUCCUCAGCAUGAUAGGAGACUGGUUCAGAGUCAUCUCCAAGAAGACAAAAGAAGAGGUAGGGGAGAUCCGAGCUCAUGCUGCCGAGUGGACGGCCAAUGUCUCCGCGGAGUUUAAAGAAACCCGUCGGCGUGUUAGCGUUGAGAUCUACGACAAGUUCCAGCGGGCCGCGUCGAUCAAACGCAAGCUGUCCUCAGAGCUGGGAUUCUGCCCAGCCCCUGAGCUCACGCUGCCCAAACGGAGCGUGUCGGUCAAUUUCAACGACGAACGGGACAGGAAUGAGAAGGAGGCCAUGCUGCAGGGCUCGAUGACACCUCUCAACAGAAACGGUGGUUUGUUCAUGAACGGACUGGACCCAGAGAGAGGAGACAUCUCAAUUAUUGAACACCUCAAGUAGAACGAGGACAGUUGCCACCCUUCAAGAUUCUUCCAAGGCCUUUCUGUUUGCCUCAUCGAUGGUGUCAGUGCUGAGAUCAGGGUUGAAUCACCGCAUGAACCGAAACAAACAACAAAGACAAUGUGGUACUUUGUGACCCAAAUAGAAAGAUCUUCCCCCUCUACAGGGACUUAAGACAAGUCAAAGCUCAAUGACACUUCAGUGAAUUCUUGUUGAUUUCUCACUUCAACGUUCUCAAAUAUCAGCAAGUUAGCUUAUUUCAUUUACUGGGUCUGUCAGUGAAAUCUUUCCUACUCUGAUUCUCCAUACGAAGGAAAGAUGGUCAUUAUCAAUAUCUGGGAUUAGCCAAAACCAAAAGAAUUGUCAAAAGAUGUGCCCAAGUUGCCUGUCUGUGUUUGCAGCGCCCCAACAGCCAUUUGUAUGGACAUAUCGUUAUGGUUCAGUUAGAGAGAGAGAGAGACGAUUAUGACAAGGAACAAACCUCCCUGGCUUGUGUCAAACCUGGGAUGUAACCACUUGGCUCAAAUUAAAGGAUUGUUUUAGUAAUUUUCCACAUUGGGAAAAAAUGUCAGCAUCAACUUGCAGUUUCAAUCCCUCACUUUUAUUUUAUAGCACUUGUGUCACAUUAAGAUUUUAAUCUAAAACAUUUUGCUGAUGAUUAUCUAUUUUAUAAAGUAUCUCAGACGAAUGAGGUUUUAAUUAAUCACUUUUGACUUGAUUGUUUCAUAUCAUGGUGAAGUUUCUAAUCGAUAUAAUCACUACCACUGUGACUACUACCAACGUUCUUGUUCUUAUCACCAAUAACCUUUUGUAGGUAUGUCAGAUAUGAUUUUUACUUUGCUUUUGAUAAACUAAACUGUUAUGUUUGUUGUUCUGUGGUUUGCUGGAAGAUGAUCACAGCAAAUAAUUAUAGAUCACAGUUCUCAGUUUACACUCAUGUCAGACUCACAGUCCUGUUGUUUUAAGCACACUACUUGAGAUGUGGUUCUAUCGAUGAAGAUGUGUUGUGUCAGACCACUGCAGUGCCUCAAAGACUUUACUUUGCCUACAAGACUGAGCACAGCACAGUGUGACUGAAUUAUCACUGAGCUGCAUAGUGAUACUUUAAAUACUGCGUGUGCUUCGUUAGCCGUUCUAGUUUGUUUUACUUCAAAAGAUGAAAUCAGUUAUUCACGCUUUUAUUGUUUUAGCAUCUCUAACACCGACAUGCAGCAAUAAUCUUCCAUAAUCUGAGUUUUCUAUCAUAAUAUGAUUUGCCUGGGAUUGUUCUGAAGGGUCACAUAAAUUACGGCCCUCUGCUCCGAGGCCCUUAAAAUAUUGUGAUAAUGUGAUGACUUGAGAUCUCAGGUGAAUGUCUGCACAUCUGUCAGUCAUUUCAAUCAGGCCAGAUGUGUGUAAUUCACAUUCUGUCAUCCCUGGACAAAAGCAGCAUCGUGUGAAGGAUUUUGUAACCUCAUAGCUUCUGAUACAUUUUGUUUCAUUUCACUUUCUGUUGACCAAUCAAAGCUGCUAUAACUCACAGCAAAUGCCUCUUCUGAGUCUUAAUACCACAUGUGUACAAGAAAGUGUUCUUUGUUUUGUUUUGUUUUUUCAUCUUUGUCUGCGGUCAUGGUUUGAAGGCUGUGAAGGUGUAAUUAAGUAUUUACCGUGGACAUGUUUGACCUUUUGGUUCAGACAGUAAAUUUGUUGAGGCCAGAGAUGAAGGCUGCAGCUUAAUCGAUUGUGAAAGUGUGAAGAUUCAGUUUGAAUGUCUGGUUUUCACGCACACACACAGUCUGAGGGGUUUCUUCCAUGUGCGCACACCUGCCGUUGAAAAUGCACUUUGAUUCCACAGCCUUUGAACGUACCAUCGUGACACAGCUUCCACAGCUAGUCAGUACAUCCCGUUAGACGGCCUUGUUUUUUGUCGUUACGUGGCAAAAAUUACACGGGUGUGACACACAAACUUUUUUUGUUUUUUAAACAAGCCAAUCAAUUCAAUCCUCAGAUUAGUGCCCACAUACACAAGGUGUGCAAAAUUAACGUAUGUCUGAUGCCUAAAGCAGGUCGAUAACCACAAAUAAUUCACGUUAGCAGCAGAGUUUGAAUCCAUCUAGUGAAAGUGUUGAUAAAGACGAAACACGGUAAUAGUGCAGUCUGUAGUUUUAAAAGUUUAAAAGACUAGAACCAAAAUAAGUGAGAAACUAGUUUGUCACAGUGCCACUGGGCUUUCUAAUGGACCGUUCUCACAGCAGACAUCUUUUCACUGCAGGUGUAUUUAUGACAACUGCCUUCUACUUGGCUUUCUGGGUAACUUAAUGGAACAAGGACAUUGUUAAUACACAUGUGCUUCUGCUACUGAGAUUAGUCUCAAUGGACAAAGUCUAUUAAACUGAUGAAAAGUUUGAAACAGACCUGUAGACGUUUAUACCACAGUGUUUUUUUUUCUGUAUUACUAACUCUGAAUGGAACGAACAGUGACAUCACACUGUGCUGUUCUGACUUCUCAACAUGUCAUUGUUACAUGGUCAUCUUUUUUUUUUCUUAGCCAUGCUGAACUGAAACUGACUCUCUCAUACUGUGUGUUAAGGCUUUUUUUCUAAUGAUAGCUGUAUUUUUCUAAACUCUGUUCGCACAUUGUAACAAUAACAUGUCUGUAGAGCUAAUCUCC